CCGACCGAUCCCGUCCAUGGCGAACUGGGGCAGCUCCGCGGCCGACGAGCACGACGACUUCGACGAGUUCGACCCCACGCCCUACGGCGGCGGCUACGACCUCUUCGUCACCUUCGGCCGCCCGCUCCCGCCCUCCGACGAGACCUGCUACCCCUGCUCCGCCCCCUCCACCUCCUACGACGCGCCCCACUACGCCGCCGAGGAGCCCUCCCCCUACGGCCACCACCACAAGGCCCAGCCCGCCCCAGGCUUCCGCCCCCAGCACGAGCAGCCGUCCUACGGCGGCGGCGGAUCCGGCUACGGCGGAUCCAGGCCCCAGCCCGCCUACGGCUUCCGCCCCCAGGAGGAGGAGCAGCAGCAGCACUCCUACGGCGACGAGUCCGGCUACGGAUCCAGGCCCCAGGCCCAGCCCGCCUACGGCUUCCGCCCCCAGGAGGAGGAGCAGCAGCACUCCUACGGCGGCGGUGGCGGCGGAUACGGAUCCGACCCGCCCCGCCGCUCCGAGGAGGACACCUACGGAUCUGGGUACGGCAGGAAGCCGCAGCAGGAGGAGGACAGCUACGGCUCUGGCUACGGCAGGAGGCCGCAGGCCGAGGAGGGCUACGGAUCUGGCUACGGGUCCAAGCCGCAGGUGGAGGAGCAGGCCUACGGCUCGGAGUACGGUUCUGGGUACGGGAGGAAGCCACAGCCGGAGGAGACCUACGGAUCCGGGUACGGUGGGAGGAGGGUUGAAGAUGAGGUCGAAGGUGAGUAUGGCUCCGGUGGGUACCGGAAGCCCAAGCCCUACGGCGAGGAGACUCAGGGCUCAUAUGGCUAUGGCCAGAGCGCUGGGUAUGAGAAGCCCAGCUACGGCGGGGGAGACGAAUAUGGCCGCAAGAAGCGCGAUGACGACGACUCUGAUGAUGAAAAGAAGAAACGUUAUGGCGGGGGAGACGAAUACGGUCGCAAGAAGCACGAUGAAGACAACGACUCUGAUGAUGAAAAGAAGAAACAUUACCACAAUCGCCGCCACAACUACGAUGACUAAGCAUCCAUCCUGGCCUUCAAAUGUGUUCGUUAUCACCACAUCUAGCCACUACACGAAUAAAAAUGGCCUGGUUUCCCUUCCGGGUACCGAAUAUUUAUCUCUUUUCUGAAUUUGUAACUCCAAACUAAAGCGUGCUAUGUGGGUGGUUUACACGUUUGAGUGUUCUUCUAUCUGUAUGCGUAAGAUGAUAUGUUCAC